AUGCCCGCGGUUCGGGUUGGGGCGGAGGUCCGAGGGCUCGAGUGGGACCCCUUCUGCCCCAACAACCUCGCCACAGGCGGCGGGGACGGCAUGGUCAAAGUAUGGAGCAUCCCGCCUGAAGGACUAAAGGAGGACUUGGUCGCCCCUCUGGUUUCAAUCAACACAGCCACAGGAGGCGAUGGGAUAUCCGAUGCUCAGGCGGUCCCGAAAGGACUCGCGUUUCACCCGUGCGCCCCGGGGCUGAUCGCCAGCAGAGGGCUGCGGAAAAUCUCUCUGUGCGACCUGACCAGACCUCAGGCCCCGUGCUUGUCGGUCGGUGGAAGCGCGGCCUUUGACGGGGACACGUAUGACAUGCAGUGGAGCUACUCGGGAGACGUGGUUCUCACGACUGAUGCUUCCAGGGCCCUUCAGCUCCUCGACCUUAGGGCUGGAAACGUCGUGGCGAAGGCCCAAGACGUACACGGGCCAGGGACGAGCAGGGUCACGUGGUGCGACAACAGCGUCUACAUGCUGACGACGGGCAUGUCGAAGCUGACGCGAGAGCGGGAGUUCGCGGUGUGGGACGCGCGGUCGAUGUCCGCCCCCGUCAGCCGCACGCGUGUCGGGGGGACGAGCUCAGGCUUCCUGCUGCCCCGCUUGCAGUACGGCCUCGGCCUGGUGACCCUGUGCGGAAGGGGGGACUCGACUGUCAGGAUGCUGAGCUUUGACUACGCCACCGGGAAAACUGCGGCGGUCAGCACAACAACUGUGGGAGGCGUGGCACGAGCUUACGCCUUCGUUCCUCGAGCCAGCUGCGACGUGAUGUCGUGCGAGGUGACCCGGCUCCUCAAGCUGUGCGACGACGGGGUGCAGCCUGUGUCGAUCGUCAUCCCCCGGCGGGACAAGAAACGGUUUCACGAGGAGCUUUUCCCUCCUGCCCCAGGAGGUCGCCCUUCUUUGACCGCUCCGGACUGGCUCGCCGGCAUGAACGUGCCGCCGUACCUGGAGGUGCUACCACCCCCGCAGCCAGCCCCACGUGUAGAGUGGAACCACGCCGGCUCCUCUUCUUCCACCGCUCCCGCCGCGGCUACACCGCACACGGCGCCCCCUUCUGCCCCGACUCCACCAACACAAGGAAAACAAGCGGCAGAAGCCCAGCCAUCACCGGCGAACGCUAGCGGUGAACCAGCAGCGGUGCUUAGCCAACCGGCCAGCGAAGGGCUAGCUGCACCAACUGCUUCUGGUGCUGGUGCCGGUGCCGGUGCUGUUGCUGAAGCGACCACCACAACGACGGAGCGUCCCCCCAACGGCGAGGAUUCACCGGCCGUAGCGUCGUCUCCGAGGGUGGGGGAGCCUACGGCUCCGCGCGACAGACCAACUGCGGCAGGCGAGGAGGGGAGUGUCCCUGAUGCUGCAGCUGCUCCGGUGCUGGAGAGUGCAGCUUCCUCUGGACCCAACUGGCGUGGAGGAGCUCCUAAAAUCAAGCUCCGUCACGUCUACGGCGUCGAAACGAAAGGCGCGAAGCCAGUGUUCAACCUGUCGCCUUUGCUCACGUCUCUCGACGGGCCGAUCCUGGCGGCCUCGUCGUCCUUCUGGGCCGUGCCGUGGGUCGGCGGAGGUGGCCCCGUGUACGUGUCUCCGCUCUCUGCUUCCGGCAAGGUGGAGCCAGACUGCGGCUUGGUGAACGGGCACAAGGCCGCGGUGCACUCCAUCGCCUUCUCCCCCUUUCAGCCUAACCUCAUGGCGACAGGGAGCGAGGACAGCACGGUAAAGCUGUGGAGCCUUCCGGAAGGCGGGCUUGCGGAGGGUAACAUGUGCGCCGAUGACGCAAUCGCCGACCUGACGUUCAACUACACGGCUGUCAGGUACGUCGAGUUCAACCCGGUGUCCGAAAACGUGGUGAUGACGACAAACUCGGACCACAGCGUUCAGCUCUGCGACGUUGCCGCGGGAGGCGACACAGCGGCCUCCACCAUCGACGUACAUCCCAACACGAUCAACAGCGCCUGCUUCAACGGCGACGGGAGCUUGAUCGCCACAACUUGUAGAGAUGGCAAGAUCAGAGUCCUCGACCCCAGAGCGGGAUCAGUAGUGGCCGAGGGGCAGGGGCAUCAAGGCCGCAAGACGAUGAAGGCGGCGUGGUGCUUCGGGGGGGGUAGACGAGAGGUGCUUGCCUCCACGGGGUGUGCUGCGGCGGGGCAUCGGCAGCUCUGUUUGUGGGAUCCGCGCGAUCUGUCUUCGCCGUAUAGCACCAAGACGGUGGACAGCUCGAACGGGCUUCUGCUGCCCAUGUUCUGUGAGGCGACAGGCUUGCUGCUCUUGGCUGGAAGGGGCGGGAGUGGUAUCAAGUACUACGAGCUGAGCGACAGCGGCGGUACGUCGGCACCGUCAGCACAGUUCUGCCACGAGUACAAGGCCGAGGGAGACCCGUUGAGCGGCCUCGCGCUCCUCCCGCCCCAGUGCUUGGACGUCGCGAGCGUGGAGGUUGCGCGCUUGUUGAGGCUGACGUCCACCUCCGUCGAGCCGGUGUCCUUGAUGCUGCCAAGAUCGGCAGACAUGAAGGGCUUCUUCCAGGACGGCAUUUACCGCUCGGUGCGCUCGUCAACCCCGUGUCAAACGUCGGCGGAGUGGUUGAGCGGCGGAACCCCCUCCGUUUCUGAAGGCGGAGGCCUAACCUCACUUCGCCCAGAAGGUAUGCAGCCGCUGUCGGAACGGCCUUUACCUUCCGAUGUGGCGGUGCCCAAGGCCGUCAUUUUCAGGCAACAGAUGGAACAGCGAGAACAGGAAGAGAAGCACGCGGCAGACACCAUGGCAAAGAUGACAACCCUCGCAAACCAGAACGCCGAGUACAACCCGAACCUCAGCGUGGCCAUGGGCGUGGACCAAGCCACCAUCCUUGAUUCCGGCUCUGAAGGGGAAUGGUCGGACUGA